UUGCAUCGUCGGGGGCAAUUAUUAAAUCCGGUCAAUAGCAAUGGGAAUAGUCAUAGGAAACCCGUUUGGCUGACAGAACAUCAACAAAUACUCCUACCUAUGGAUCGGCUCUGUCUAUAUCUGUCCGAAGAAUAAGUGGUGCGGAAUAGCCAGGUCGAACCUCUCAGUUGCAAUGCUAUCGACCGGUUUAACUUGUUCCUCCGUAGUAGUAAUAGAUUUUUUGCAAAAAAUCGCCACAGUAAAUAUAUAUCGUAAUCGCAUCAGGGAUUUCAUUCAUUCACUGCAGCACAACAAAUCGAUAUAGAAUGAUCAGAUCCACGACGACGUACCUCUGGCUGAUACUAUUGUUUAGUUUUUGGAUCCAGCAAGGACAGCCCGUCACCCAUGUCAUCUACGAGUUUCACAUUCGUGAGGCCGGCUCUGAAAGGGAAGAAAAGGGCGAACUGGAGAGCAAUUCCACGGAUUCUCGAGCGGAACCGGAACUAAAAAUCACCGGAAAACGAUAUGGAUCUUCGGUUAUUCUUGGCAAAAAUCCCGAAAAGGAUAAUAAUUACAUUUUUGUGGAAAACGCCACUUACUUUGCCGAUGACAGUGGCUACCACGUGAAGUACAAUUACACCAUCGAACGUGUCCCCGACCUCGAUUCACGGCUCAAUGGACAAACUCUUAAAAGUACCAUUGGUUAGACUGAUUCAAGGGUCUAGUGUAUAUAUUUUAAAAUAUUUAUUAAACAAGGUUUUAGCCAAAGUGACAGAAAGUUGGGAAAGCAAGUUGCAAGCCAAGUGACAGUGCAUUAGAGGAGGAAAGUUAUGGCUUCCUGACUUGGCUUUGGCCCAAAAGAGCUACAGAGCCAAAAUAAUUUAUGAACAAGUGUGAAAUAUAUGUAUUAGUGUUGCAAUUGCGGUCAAAAUAGUAGCAGCUACUUAAUUAGGGUAAUUGAUUAAAUACUA